AUGGGCUAUGGUUGGCCAGAAAACCAGUGGCAGGUAUUUUGGCAGUGCUGCUCUCUUUGGGUAUUUGGCUGGCACAACAUGAGGUCGGUUCCACUGACGUUGACAUGUGCAGUGCUUUACAUUAUAGUACUGACCUUGUCAUUCAUUCGAUGUAAUCAUGUCAUGUUGAGGUCUCUUUUGGAUUUGGAUGUCGCAGCUAUUUGGCCGUGGGGCAUGCGAUUGCCCCAACCCAUGGCGACCGAAAAGCGGUUCAGCAAAGCCGAUACCGGAGAGACGGAGAACGCUCAUAGCGAGUCACCCUUAGCAGAGUCGCCCCCUGUGGCGAUUUCACUGGCAGCCCUUCACAAACGGUCAUCUCCCUUGAACUUGAGCCAUCAGAGCUUAUCCCAUGGCCUGGAUAGCGCUCGCCGGCUUGAUGCCUUGGAAUGGCUGGUGCAGGCCUUUGAUGCGCUGGACCUGGCAGAUGAGCAGCUCUUCACCGCCAUCGGCUUGCUGGACCGAUUCGCCGCCGCCUCGACGUCGCCCAUUGCGCCGGGGACCGGGGCAUUCGCUUUGGUCCUGGCGGCGAUGCUCAUCGCCCUCAAGGUCUCCGGCUUUAAGAAGGACUUGGAACGCGCCCGGAAGUUGGUCGUCGAGGUCUCUGGGAGCUCCAGGCCCUGGGCCGCGGUGCGAAAGGCGGAGCUGAACAUCUUGCGGAAGCUCGGCUUCCGCGCUUGCACUCCAACGUCCUAUCACCUUUUGGAUCGCCUGAUUGCGGACACACUACAUCAUGAGACGCCCGCAGAGCCGUGGGACAAGGAAAGUAAGACGCGCUGCAGUAAUCUUGCUCGCUUCUUGCUGGAGAUGUGUAUCAUCUAUGACCCAGAAGCGUUGUACAGCUCGGGUCGGCCACCCUUGCUUAGCGCUGUGUCAGCGCUGCUCUUAAGUCUUCUGGCCCAUGGUGCGCCCAGACACUAUGCCCAGAUGCUGGGGGAUGCCAUUCACCUCACUGAGUCGAACCGGUCGACACUGACCGAGAUCGCCGAAGCGAUGCGGAACCGAUGGGCCAUGGAGGAGGAGAAAAACGGGAUGGGUGGCAAUGCCAUCGUCCUUGACAAGUGGAACCGGCGCCGGGGCUCCUUCGAAGUGUCGCCUCCACCCGCUUUUGAUUUGCGGGCCUUGACAUCUGGGAUUCAGAUGCCCAAAGAGAAGAGCUUGGUUGGCAAGGCGAUCGUGCCGCCCAGCCCCCCCCAAGCCGCAGCGCCGCCUCAGCGGUGCUGA